GGGUUUGCGUCGUCGCGGGAGAGGCAGACGAGUCCCGUUAGCAGGAAGCGCGGAGUCCGCAGCAGCCGGAGCGGAGGAGCCGAGAGCGCCGUGUCCAGCCCGCCGGGAAGAUGCCUAAGACGAUUAGUGUGCGAGUUACCACCAUGGAUGCUGAGCUGGAGUUUGCCAUCCAGCCCAACACCACGGGGAAGCAGCUCUUUGAUCAGGUUGUGAAGACAAUUGGGCUGAGAGAGGUCUGGUUUUUUGGACUUCAAUACCAGGACACCAAGGGCUUCUCAACAUGGCUGAAACUCAAUAAAAAGGUGACCGCACAGGAUGUGCGCAAGGAAAGCCCGCUGCUCUUCAAGUUCCGUGCCAAGUUCUACCCAGAGGAUGUGUCCGAGGAGCUGAUUCAGGACAUCACACAGCGCCUCUUUUUCCUCCAGGUGAAGGAGGGCAUCUUGAAUGAUGAUAUCUAUUGCCCUCCAGAGACUGCUGUCCUUCUGGCUUCCUAUGCCGUCCAAUCUAAACAUGGAGACUUCAACAAGGAGCUGCACAAGCCUGGCUAUCUUGCUGGUGACAAACUGCUCCCUCAAAGAGUUCUGGAGCAGCACAAACUCAAUAAAGACCAAUGGGAGGAGAGGAUCCAGGUGUGGCAUGAGGAACAUCGGGGAAUGCUCAGGGAAGAUGCCAUCUUGGAGUACCUGAAAAUUGCACAGGAUCUAGAAAUGUACGGCGUGAACUACUUCAGCAUUAAGAAUAAGAAGGGCUCUGAACUCUGGCUAGGUGUUGAUGCUCUCGGACUCAACAUUUAUGAGCAGAAUGACAGGUUAACACCAAAAAUUGGAUUCCCUUGGAGUGAGAUCAGGAAUAUCUCAUUCAAUGAUAAGAAGUUUGUUAUCAAGCCCAUUGACAAGAAAGCACCAGACUUUGUAUUCUAUGCCCCACGAUUACGGAUUAACAAGCGAAUCCUGGCGCUGUGCAUGGGAAACCAUGAGCUCUAUAUGCGCAGACGUAAACCAGACACCAUUGAGGUGCAGCAGAUGAAGGCACAGGCUCGGGAAGAGAAGCAUCAGAAACAGAUGGAGAGAGCUCUGCUGGAGAAUGAGAAGAAAAAGAGGGAAUUGGCAGAAAAGGAGAAAGAAAAGAUUGAGCGUGAGAAGGAAGAGCUGAUGGAACGACUCAGACAAAUUGAGGAGCAAACCAAGAAAGCUCAACUAGAAUUGGAAGAACAGACCCGCAGGGCAUUGGAGCUAGAGCAGGAAAGGAAACGAGCCCAGGAAGAAGCAGAGAAGCUGGCUAAGGAACGCAAAGAGGCAGAGGAGGCAAAGGAAGCCCUGCUGAAAGCAUCCCAUGAUCAGCAAAAGACCCAGGAGCAGCUGGCAGCUGAGAUGUCAGAACUCACAUCCAAAAUCUCACAGCUGGAAAUGGCCAGGCAGAAGAAGGAGAGCGAAGCCUUGGAGUGGCAACAGAAGGCUGAGACCGUGCAGGAAGACCUAGAGAAGACCAAAGAGGAACUGAAGACUGCCAUGAGCACCCCUCACGUCACUGAACCCAUGCAGUCUGAGAACGAGCAUGAUGAUGAACAGGAUGAGAACGCUGCGGAGGCCAGUGCUGAACUGAAGGCAGAUGCCACCAUCAAGGACCGCAGCGAGGAGGAUCGCACCACUGAGGCGGAGAAGAACGAACGGGUUCAGAAACACUUGAAGGCUCUUACCUCAGAGCUGGCAAAUGCUCGGGAUGAAACCAAGAAGACAGCCAAUGACAUGAUCCACGCUGAGAACAUGCGGCAGGGCCGUGACAAGUACAAGACCCUCCGCCAGAUCCGGCAGGGCAAUACUAAGCAGCGCAUUGAUGAGUUUGAGUCCAUGUAAACUCUCUUGCACCUGCUGUCCCCUCUUUCUCGUCCUCUCCCAUCAUUCACGUGUAAUCGUGCUGCGCUGGAACCACUACAGAAGAGUGACCAUGGUCUUUAUUUAUCGAGUUUUGUGCAGUCUCUGCAGUUCAGCAACGGAGGAACAAACAAAAUA